AUGCCGUCCAUUACUCUUUGGUUCCUGCAAACGUCUCGCUCCAUCCAAACAGCCCGGCUGCUCGAGGAGCUGGGUCUUGAUUACGAAGAACCUGAAGACUUCAAGCUUGGAUCUGGUAACCCAUUGGGCAAAUUCCCAACCGUCAAAGACGGUGACCUCGUGGGUGCACAAGAGAAGAUCAAGGUCUUACAAUGGGUUCACGCUGCCGAAGCAACGUUUGUUGAAGCAGCCGAAAAAGGAAUGUCUGUCAACGUUCAAAACGACAUGUCGUGGUUGGAGAGCGAGCUCUCAUUAUCUCCCGGCGAGUUCCUUAUCGGUGAUUACCCUACAGACGCAGAUAUUAUGGUGCAUUUCUCAGCGAAAUUCACCAUCGCUAGAGACCUGGGUACGAAUGGAAAGCAAUGGCCUAACAUCGACCAGUGGCUGAAGGCUUGUGAGGAUACGGAAGGACAACUUGAACCACAGUCACGGACCCAACACACCGGCAAAAUAAACAGAGAUCGAACAACGAAGUGA